GCCAGACUCGGUCCACGGCGCUUCCUUGGUCUCCCUGUCGGGCGCGGUCUGCGGAGCCUCCUCCCUGUCCCUGCCCGACGCGGUGUGCGGCGGCUCCUCCGUCUCGCUGCCGAACGCGGUGCCCGUGAGCUCCUCCAUCUCCCUACCGGGCGCGGUGUCCCGGGGCUCCUCCAUCUCCCUGCAGGGCACGGCACCCCUGGGCUUCUCCUUCUCCCUGCCGGGCACGGUGCCCCUGAGCUCCCCCGUCUCCCCGCCGAAGGCGGUCCCCGUGGGCUCCCCCGGAGCGCCGCCGGGCGCGGUCCCCAUGGCCCGCUACGAGGAGGUGAGCGUGUCUGGGUUCGAGGAGUUCAACCAGGCUGUGGAGCAGCACCAGGACAAGACCAUUUUCGCCUACUUCAGCGGUUCUAAGGACGCCGAAGGGAAGAGCUGGUGUCCCGACUGCGUGCUAGCUGAACCGGUCGUCCGAGAGGGGCUGAAACAUAUGAGUGAAGCAUGUGUGUUCAUCUACUGCCAAGUGGGAGAAAGAACUUAUUGGAAAGAUCCAAAUAAUGACUUCAGACAAAAACUGAAACUGACCGCAGUGCCCACACUACUGAAAUAUGGAACUCCCCAAAAACUGGUAGAAUCUGAGUGUCUUCAGGCCACCCUCGUGGAGAUGUUAUUCUCUGAAGAUUAAGAUUUGAUGAUGGUGAUUUUGUCAAUUUCCUGGUUCUCUAGUAUAUAAGAAA